UGUUAUCAAUGGACUCAAGGCAAACAAGCUCAAGGGUCUUAUCAGCUGAAACCCCUGCAACUAUUUGUCCACAAGCCAGCCGUGAAGAAUAAAAGUGUCCCUCACCACCGUCCUUUGCAGAGUCCACCAGAAACCGUUGAGAGAAGCAAGCACUAGCACUCAAAAUGUCCUCCAUUCUGCAAAGGCUGAUCACGCCGCUGUUCACUGGGCCGGCGGAGCCCCCCAGGAACAAGGUGACGGUGGUGGGGGUGGGCCAGGUGGGCAUGGCCUGUGCCGUCAGCAUCCUGCUCCGGGAGCUGGCUGAUGAGCUGGCCCUGGUGGAUGUGAUGGAGGACAAGCUGAGGGGGGAGAUGAUGGACCUGCAGCACGGCAGCCUCUUCCUGAAGACCAAGAUAGUCGCAGAUAAAGACUACAAGGUCACUGCCAACUCCCGCAUCGUGGUGGUGACGGCGGGUGUGAGGCAGCAAGAGGGCGAGAGCCGCCUCAACCUGGUGCAGAGGAACGUCAACGUCUUCAAACACAUCAUCCCUCAGAUCGUCAAACACAGCCCUAACUGCAUCAUCGUGGUGGUGUCCAACCCAGUGGACGUGCUGACCUACGUGACCUGGAAGCUGAGCGGCCUUCCCAAGCACCGCGUCAUCGGCAGCGGCACCAACCUGGACUCGGCUCGCUUCCGCUACCUGAUGUCCGACCGGCUGGGCAUCCACUCCAGCAGCUUCAGCGGCUGGAUCCUCGGGGAGCACGGAGACACCAGCGUUCCUGUGUGGAGUGGAACCAACGUGGCGGGGGUCAACCUGCAGACAUUGAACCCUAAAAUUGGCAUGGACGGCGACACAGAGAACUGGAAGGACACCCACAAGAUGGUGGUAGACAGUGCCUAUGAGAUCAUCAAGUUGAAGGGCUACACCAACUGGGCCAUUGGACUCAGUGUGGCUGACCUGGUCGAGAGCCUCAUCAAGAACAUGAACCGGAUUCACCCCGUCUCCACCAUGGUCAAGGGAAUGUAUGGCAUCACUGACGAGGUGUAUCUGAGUCUGCCGUGUGUGCUGAACAAUGGGGGCGUGUCCAGUGUGGUUAACAUGACGCUGAACACGGCGGAGGUGGCCCAAUUGCAGGCGAGUGCCAGCACUCUGUGGGCAAUCCAGAAGGACCUGCGGGACAUCUGAGUGGACACCAGGGGGCAGCCUAGCGCCUCUUGUUGGAUUGUAUCGCCAACACAAUCGCAACUUUCAUUUGCCGUCUCUUGUAGAAUAUAAAGAACAAGUAUUAGCAAGCCAUAAGGGUUUUUUCAUGUGUUUCAUUGCGUAAAAUAUAACGUGUACAAAGACUUUAAUAUGUAAAAAUGUCUAAGCAUGUAAUUGUUGAAGCAAGAAACUUUCUAUCAGAAAUUCUUAUUUGACGUCGAAUAAAGUGAAUUUGUUAAAGAUUGAAA